CUCUCUCUCCCCCUCCUUUCCCGUUCCCACGCUGCCGCCGGAGAAAACUCGGCUUUCACGAGUAUUCUUUCUCUUCUCAAGCUUCUCGAUCUCUAUUACCCGCACUACCACGCAAUUUUCUGUUUCAAUUUGCUAACAAUUUCCACUUAAUUCGAGUUUUUGCUGCUCGAACGAUCCAAAAAUUUGCUUCCCCCAGUCGAUGGAUCGCGCUGGGUUUAAAGGGGAGAAACGAUGAUACAUAUCGCGAAGAGCUUGUUGAUGUCCUGUUUUUUCUUCCGUGCUUGAAAUGGUGGAGAAAUUUGGCUGAACAGGAGAGGAAGCCUCAUGAAGCAGAAGGUUGGGCAGCGGAAGGCGCUCUUCAAAUGGAAAAGGAAGCUCGCUUUUUCUCUAUUGCUUGUAUUUUGCUUUGGGAGCUUAGUUACGAUGCAGUCUCAGUAUGGUCGGGUUAUGAUGUUGGCGUCGUUGCGUCCUCAAUCGGUGCAGGAACCGAAAAUCGCGUUUCUGUUCAUAGCUCGGAAUCGGCUUCCGUUGGACAUAGUUUGGGAUACGUUUUUUCAGCAGGAAGGGGAGAAUAAGUUUUCGAUCUUCGUUCAUUCGAGGCCAGGAUUUUUGUUUAACAAGGCGACGACAAGAUCGAUCUAUUUUUUGAAUCGUCAAGUUAACGAUAGUAUACAGGUAGACUGGGGUGAGGCAAGUAUGAUUGAGGCAGAACGUAUCUUGCUUAGACAUGCACUUACCGAUACUUCAAAUCAACGAUUUAUUUUUCUUUCUGACAGCUGCAUACCAUUAUACAACUUCAGCUACACAUAUGACUACGUCAUGUCUACUUCAACUAGUUUUGUGGACAGUUUUGCUGAUUCAAAAGAAGGGCGUUACAAUCCUAAAAUGGAUCCGGUAAUUCCUGUUCGCAAUUGGAGAAAAGGGUCUCAGUGGGUUGUAUUGACAAGGAAGCAUGCAGAGGUUGUAGUGAAGGACAAUACAGUCUUUCCAAUGUUUCAACAGCAUUGCAAGAGGAAAUCACUACCAGAGUUUUGGCGGGAUCACCCAUUUCCUAGCGAUGGAUCCAAGGAACACAAUUGCAUACCUGAUGAACAUUAUGUUCAGACUUUAUUGGCUCAAGAAGGGCUUGAAGAAGAACUCACACGAAGAUCACUUACAUAUUCAGCAUGGGAUCUCUCACACUCCAGAGACCAUGAACGUCGUAAUUGGCAUCCUGUAACAUACAAAUUUUCAGAUGCUACUCUUGAUCUUAUACAAUCUAUAAAGGGUAUUGAUAAUAUCUACUACGAAACUGAAUAUCGAAGAGAAUGGUGCACCAGUAAGGGAAAACCAUCUACAUGUUUCCUUUUUGCGAGGAAGUUCACCCGUCCCGCUGCCCUCCGCCUUCUUAAUAUGGUCAGUGUUGCAUCUCUCCAUAUCUCCUUGGAGCUAAAAUGCUUGAAAACCAUUGAACUGGUAGUAAAGCCUCAGUAACAUUUGUAAAGGCACCAAGUCCCAGUCAGGAACCCGCUUCAAUUAUGCAGAAAAUACAAACUCCCUGUAGAUAAAGGGAAAGGCUGGCAUUAGCAGUCGCGCUGAAUAAUUUCUCGAUAUAGAGGUGUGUGUUUACAAUUACCAUGGUGUAUAUUGUCAAUUUUUUUUAUACAGAAAAUAAAUGAGAGUGAUAGAGAAUUGUUUUUAUUCACUUUGUUGUGCAUGGAACUAACUUCUAGAGAACUAAGAGCAGUAGGAGUUUAGGAUGACCCAAAAUCAGGAAUUCUGUUUUCUGAACAUUAAGAGUUUGAAACUAUAAUGUGAUGUAUAGUUUAUUAGAUAUCUAUGUCCAUUGGAUUCAA